AUGGCUACGUGGGAUGGAUCAAGAAUCGGUUCAUGGUUCUUGUCUCCUGCGCUCUCCGGCACAAUCAGCUUAGUGUUAUACUUGCUUGUCGACUUUGCAGUAUUGCGACGAAACCACCCAUUCGAAUGUGGCCUUCGAUCUCUUCCUUUUUUCUACUUUUUUGUCAUCUCGUUCAAUGUGCUUAUGGCUACUUGGGAUGGAUCAAGAAUUCUGCAUUUUGACAAGAUACCUUUCUGGGGUUGUCUUAUAAUCUCGCUAGGAAUAGGAUUCAUAGCAGCAGUGCUUGUUCAAUUUAUCCUGAAGCCAAGACUGAGGAGAAAGAUAAAAGAAUCAACAGUCGAUAUUGAAAGUAUUCAAAAAGAUUCCUUCAAAGGAACGCAACUCAAAGCUUCAAAUUACUCGGAUUACAGCGAAGAAAACAAAGGAAUUGUUGCAGGUAAGUCAAUCACCAUCAAUCAAAAAUAGAA